AUGACCAAGGAGGCCAGGGGUUUACUGAGUGGACUGGGGCUGGAGCAGAUCUGUGGAGGCCAUUACGAAACGCUGAAUUUUUAUACCGCCCCAGCUCCAGACAAGCCAACUACUCUAUCUGAUCACCAAAGAAAGAACACCCAUGGAAGGGAAAACCCAGAGCUGGAGACACUGCACCCCCCGCUCGGGUCAGCAAACUGUGACCCUCAUUGCACAGCGCCAGCUGGGCACAGACGUCCUCCGGGUGUGAGACAUGAGUUGGUCCCAGCUGAUCACCAGGGAUGGCCUCAGUACGAGGAUUUGGAGCAUGCUGAGGUCCUGGCCAGCGUUGCCCUGAUAGCUUCUCAUCCCAGGAGAAGCCUCACCCCAACGCUUCUUUACAGAGUUGGUCUUAUUCUCUCUUCCGUGCCACACAUAGGAGGAGGAAAUAAGGAUGAACCAUUUGAAAGCAGACUGUGGGAUGCCACUCUGUGCUGUCAAUUUCAGUAUGGAGUCCUCGGAAAAGUGACAUUGCAGGGGGAAGAAAAGUACACAAGUUCCAAGCCUGGGUCUGGCUACCUUAGGCCCUGCUGGGCAGCAAGACUGAAGGAUUGGAUGGCAGAAAAACAGCCCGCCGGGGGACCUGCGGCCACUGGAUUUACAGCUGUGUCUCCAAGAACCCAGGCUGCCAAGACCCACCAGCCCCGCAGUGUCUCCAGCUCUGUAAGACACACAGCUCCUGGUCGGAAAAGCAAGGACGGGUCCAGGAGGACAGGACCGGGCCAGUAAACCAAUAUGUACUGCUGUCUUACAGCCUUGGGAGAUAGAGCCGGCCUCGGGAGAUAGAGAACAGUCAGACAUCACUCCUGCCACACUCAGCUGUGGGAGCAGCCAACAAGCAUUACCGAAUACCCUCCAUGUGCAUCCAAUAAUGUUGGUUGCAUUUUAGCUAUUUAACAAACACUUACAUAGUACUUACUAGGUGCCAGCAAAUGUUCUAAGUUCUUUACAGAGAUUAAUUCCAUUAGUCCACAUAGCAACCAUUAUUAUUCCUGUUUUACCCACGAGACGGAGGCAGAGAAAGAUGCAGAAACUUGCUGAAGGUCACAUAAAUGGUACCUGACAGAGCAGAAGACAGGCUUGGCCAGUGGGCUCCAGGGUCUGUGCUCACACGCCUCACACUGCUGCUUUAUUUUUGUAGCUGCCUUCAUUCAUUCAUUCAUUCAUCAAAUACGUAGCAAACUCCUACUAUGCAUCCGGCAUGGAAUGAGAUGCUAGGAAUGCAGAGAGGGGCCUUCCUUCCAUUAACAUUUAGGGAGGACCUACUACGUGUCUCAGAGACAGGAACAUGUCUCACUUACCUCUGUAUCAGGCAGAGAGUGCCGUCCAUACUCAGACCUGGGUGGUGAGUGUUGAGUGACUGAAUGUGCCUGCUGAGUAUUAGAAAGAGUGCUGAACGUGGAGCCUGAGAACUUGGAUCCCUCCCGCUGGGAAGGAAAAUGUUUUGACACGCUCAUCCAUAUUCAGGUAUGUUAUAUAUCCCAAGGGGCUCAUAUUGAAUGAGAGGAACUGAGAUAAGGCAAUAAUGUCCUCCAAAAGAAUGAAGUAUUAAUGGUGGAAUUUCAGGCAUCCACAAAGGAGAUAAUUUGGUGGGUGGGUGGCCCCCAAUCAUACCCCGUCAUUGAUCGCCUGCUCUAAGGGCCUGGGAAUGGGACAGAUAUUGCAGGGAGGUGCCAAGCACUCUGCUUGGGGCUGUGAGUCACUGGCUGGUCUCCUUGGAACCUGACCGGGAGGCGAGAGAGCACGUCCACCCUGCAGACAGAUAUGUCCUUGGGGACAAGGCAGGGUCUGUGGAAGUAGCGUGAGAGCGAUCAAGGCGGAGGCAGCCAACAACUCCGUUCCUGCAACUGGACCGGAUUGGCGUGUCUUAGGCCAUCACGUCUGAUGCUAAUGACCCACUAAAAGCCCCCCUUGGAUCAGCGCAGCCUGUAACAGAAGUCAGUUACCCCAGCCUCCCCUUUUGCAAGCACUAUCAGGGUUGCCUUCACCCUCUCUGGGGGCUCCCAGCCUCCCCCAUGCCAUCGGCAUUGUCCCCUGCCCUGUCCUGCCUCCUCGCUCUCCAGGAGCUGCUGGCUUAGACAGUUAAAUGCACCCCAACUCUCUCUGAGGUGGAUAGGAGGUUCCAGUGACAAGGAACGCCACUGUUAGCUGCUAUAAUAUUUAGAGGUAGGCACUGACCUUCCUUAAAAUAGCUGGCACCUUGCCUUUCCCCUCGUGUCUGGUGAUAGUGACACCAGCCACCUCCGGGGAAGCCUCUGGUCCAGCAGUCAAGCAGGUCAUAGGCAGUGGCAAUGAGGGGGUGCCCUAUAGGCCAUGGCAACCGACUCUCAUUAACAGAUGAGGAAAGUGAGACCCAGUGAGGGUUGGGGUUUGCCCCUAGUCAUGCAGUUACACGUACUUGGGGCUAGAAUCCAGCUCCAUCCCACCCUAGUCCAGAAGCUCAGGGAGACCGCCAGCAGCUCCAGGUGCCACCUCCAGGACCCUUCCUGAGCCGGAUGGAGGGCAGCUCCUGCCAGCUGCGCCUCUGUCCUGUCCAUCAUGGGUCAUGAUCUUGGAGGCCUGUCCCCACACCCCUCUCCUCCCGGCCCUGUAACCAAAACAAACAUUUCCCCCAUACUUCAUUUCAUCACCCAGCAAUAAAAGCAGACUUGUUUUUUUCUUAACGGGAGCAUUAAUUUAGUCUCUAUCGUGCAGGCCAGCUCAACUGAGAUGAUAUGGCCAAGCUGAGGGUGGGAGGCCAGCGGGCAGCAGCCUUCCCCGGCCUGAGGUGUCUUAGCUUUCAUCAAGUGCACGGUGCGCUGUCCAGCCAACAGUGCAGCAGAGAAGCGGCUCAGA